AUGGAUAAGAUCAUUGAAGCGAAUACUACUAGUCGCAGAUUUGAGAGACACCAAUGGGUAGGUAAAUAUUGUUCCGUGUUGAAGUAUAUUAAUCCUGGCCUUUGUCAACUAUAAUUCUAAUCUGUUAAUAGAUUUCGAAUACUUUCCUGUAAACAAGAUGACUGAAUAAACUGUGAAAUAUUUGGAACCUUGGUGAUUCUUGUGACUAGCAGUACACCUUUCUCCUCUAUCAUUUCAAGUUGUAGGAUGAUUAUAGUUUUCAAGCUGCAUUUCUGACUAUGUACAUAUUGUGUACCUACUUUGGACAAAUUGCCACCUCCUGUGUAUGAGGUCUAAGCUAUCUUGAGCUUUUUGUUCAUCAUGGACAAAAAGUGCUACAUUAUUUGCCAAAAAGACAAAUAGGCCAUGGGCCAGACCAGAUUUUGGUACCAGAUUGAGGGACAAAAAAUGAGUGCUGCCAUUUGAUAAUACACAUUGAGGUGAAUAAAAAUUUUUUAUAACCCUUCCAUAAAGGUAGCUUCCAUGUAAAUUUUGUCAUGUGAAAAAGUCAUUCAGCAUGAAAACGAGACUCUUACUAAAUUACUUUUUAAUGUGGACUAAAUGCAAUAUUUAUCAGAAAUUUUGUUUAGAAGGAGAUUAAGGGCUUCGUUUAGGUGUGUUCGACAUAGAAGCAUUUACUCUUUUCAUAGGUAAUGCAAGAGUUAAAAAAUUAAAAAGAUGGUUUGUUUAAUGAAAUAUAAUCCUAUAACUACUAUUUUUCAUAGCUUAUGGGUAGCAUUCUAAAUGAAGAUUCUGAAAUGUUAUUACAAUUCCAUGCAUUAAAACCAACACCACAUGAUUUCAUAGAGCCUUCCAAAAGAAAAAUCAAUGACAGUAAAGCUUCGAAUAUGACGAUAUUAUGUAGAGACUGAAAAUGUAUCAUUUUCCUCUUAGUUUCUUCUGGUAGGCCUGCUUGAAGUUCCAGACUGUGCUCCCUUUCAAAUUGGGGAUUCUGCCUUGAAGUGUUUGAUUGCCUUGGAAUUACCAUUUUCACUUGCAUACUUGUCAAUUUUGGAACAAAUUUCUGCCAAGUAGUGGUCGUAAUUUCCUCUCUUCUUUGCUCCGGAAGAAUUUUCUGUUUCAGGGUUUUUACCACAAAACUCUGAGAUUCUUGUAUGUGAUCUUGUUUCCCUGAAUAGCUUUAAAAUAACAUUUUGCCCGUGUUAUACACUGCCGAACUGUUCUUUAUUUAUGGAUUACUUUGAGUGUUUACUGGCAAAUUUGCGUGAAACAUCUGGUAGAAUCUGCAUUGUUGGUGAUUUCAAUAUGCCUAGUAUCAACUGGGGAUAUGUUAUUGACUUUAGCAACUCUACUGAGGGAAUCAAGUUUUGCAACCUAUAAGGAAUGUCUCUUGGGAAUAUCUCUGUGUUUAUGGACACUGACACUGACACUGACGAUAGUACUGCCUGCUGGUAUGACAUGUUUUUAUCAUGUGUAGAUGAAUUUGUUCCAAAAGUGGUAAUUAAGGAUGCCAAUAGACCGCCAUGGAUUGAUAGAGGUUUUAUUGUUGGUUAG